CUGGCUAAAAAACCUUAAUCGCUACGGCCUUCGGCGCUUCUCCUCUCAGCCUCUCGGCUCUCAGGCUCUCACUCUCUCAGACUCUUAUCUCGGUCCUCUCCUCUGGGCUCUGGCGGCCUCCCUCGUCCCGACUCCCUCCUGCUGGUGCGCCGGCGGCCCGGCGCUGCUGCUGCCGCCACCCACACAAAAAAUCCUCUCAGGAUUAGGUUUUCCACAUUGCUAAGUUAUGUUCCUUCAUUCACAGGACAUUCACACCAUGGAUCAGGUUUCUUUUUUCCUUCUUUCAUUUUUUUUUGUGGGUGAGAAGGAUCUGAAAGGUUUUUGAGAGCCUUGGGAACCUUCUCACUUCAUCUUCUUUGGCCUGCAAAUCUCAUCAGCUUUGGGAUAAAACCAGUAUACAAGGCAGACAACUAGCUGUUUUUUUAAAUCCAUUUUUGUAUUAUGUUUUUAUUUUAAGUUUGAUUUGUUUCGAAAAAAAAAAAAUAACAUGUGAUUUGUUUCGAAAAAAUAGAUGCAGUAUUUUUUUCAUUUAUAAAAAAUGUCAUUUUCUAUGAAUUUUUUUUAAAAAAAUUAAAAUAAAUAAAUUAUAUUUUUAAAUGUGACCCGUGAUCCGCCGUUUAAGGAUUGGCAUAUGUGACCCAUCUAACAUGGCCCGUUUAUGACCCGGCUCGUUUCGACUCGCUCAGACCCGGCCCGUUGUCGACUCGCUCGGACCCGGCCCGCACGCCCAUUUUGCUCUUUCUGUUCCCUCGCUCCGUCUCCAUUUUCAUCUUUUUUUCUUCUCGUACUUCGCUGUUCCAUCUCCCCAUUUCGCAGGUUUUCACCAGUGUGAUUGAUGUCUGCAGCUGCUGCUACUGUCUUUCUCUUUUUGCUGUUGCUGUAAUUUUCUUCUCUGUUGCUGCCGCUUCUCUGCCUCCUGACCAUUUGGCUUGAAAGGAGUAGACAUGAGUAGGUUGUCGUUCAGGCCUCGUCCUCUGGACAUUCACAAGAAGCUUCCUAUUGUAAAAUCCAUCAAGGAUUUUGAGGAUUUUGAAGAGACCCCCACUUCCGCCUCUACCCGUAACUCCCAGGUACUCCGUCUUGCUGCUGCAGAGGCCGAUAAUGAGGUACAUCAAAUUCCUAGCAAGAAAUCGGCUUCUGAAAUCCCUACACCACAGUUUGAUUUUGUGGAUACAUAUGAAAGAGACUAUUCCAGCACUUUCACUCAACCAACAUCAUAUUUGCGUGGAAGAGGAGCUCGUGCCGAGAUUGGAGAAUUUGUUGAGUAUGACUUAGACAAUGAGGAUGAGGAUUGGCUUGAAGAGUUCAAUAAUGAAAGGAAGAUAAUUACAAACGACAAGUUUGAGAGUCUUCUGUUCAAAUUGGAGGUAUUAGAUCAUAAGGCUCGGGAAAGAGCUGGAGUUAUAACUCCUACUCUUGGUUCACCCAUUCCUGUACUUCUACAGCUUGAUGCUGCUAUGGAGGCCCUACAAGCUCAGUCCAUAAGAUAUUCAGUUUUCCAGUCAAUUUAUAAUUACUGGAAGAACAAGCGUGAGCGGUGGCAAAAGCCAAUUUUGCGGCGUUUACAGCCUCCUCCCCCAGUUAAUGAUACCAACCCAUACAAUGUGUUUAGGCCAAGAGAGAAAGCCCACAGACUGCACACAAGAAGGAUGCAAAGGAGGGAAAACAAUGUGCAGUCAUUUGAAAAGCUUAGACAGGUCAGGCGCAAUCUUGACCAAGCCAAGACCAUACUGGAAGCUUUGAUAAAGAGAGAGGAGAAAAAGAGGGAUGUCAUGGAGAAUGAAGUUAAUCUUCAAAGAAUACAAAUGAAGUACAAGCAUGAAACUGAGCUUCUUGAAGAUAGCUUGGCAUUGACUGGGUUCACCACGUUUCCUUGCAAAUUUGGUUCAAGUGAGGAGGAAUUUGUGGACUCUGAUGAUGUUAACAGUCGUCCACGUACACGACCAGCUGCAGCUCCAAAUAUUUCGCACCCAUACUCCCAGCUGAUGAUGGCUUCUACAGGAAGCAUGAAGCGAGAGUUCAGGCGGCAACAUGUGCUGCAUGGAUGGCUUCAUAAAAUGGAUCCAACUGAGCCAGUCUUGUUGUUCGCGAGACCUCUAGAUCCAGAGAAGUUGGCAGCAGCAGGCAUUGUACCCCCACUAAAUUCUUCAAUUAAAAAUGUUACAUCCCCACCACCCUUUAAAUUUCAUGGGAGGAUUGGCCGGGGAGGAAGGAUUGUGUUUGACAGGUGGAAUCCACUUAUGCAUACUCCAAUUGACACAGUUCAGUUGAGUGAAUCCCCCAAAAGAGGGGAGUGAGGGUACAAGUUUGUGAAUAUAUUGGUAAGCAGGAAGAAGGCGCAAGGCUAAUUGGCGGAUGGAAAUGCUUGUAUUUUACUAGCUUCACUUCAAGUAUAAUACGUAUAUCUUAUCCCUGCCCAUUGUACAAUUAUUUAUGUUGUCUUUUGCUUAAAACAUCAAGAACCUUGCAGCACACUAUGAAAUGGAUGCGCUGAUGGUUCCUUGCCUACUAAAAUGUAAAUCCUUGGCUGCACGUAUGGAAGCUCCACCACCAUUAGGAUUUAUUUACUUCUGCAGUCACUGCUCUAUUGUAAAAUAUUGAACCUAAUUUGUUGAUAGAAGUGCUUUCACAUUUGUUAAUGAAGAAGCUCCAAUGCGCUCCA